CUUCAACAACUUCAGUGUUCUUCACCAACAUUCGGAUUAAGAUCUCUCUAUCUUCCUUUCCUUCUGCGCCAUUCGUCGCAAAUUCGCUGAAUCCGUAGCUGAUUGCUGUUAUUAGGGGCGGCGGAAGAGGAACAGCAAGAGUUGGAUUUUUGUAAUCAGCGCUUGGAAUUUGGUGCAACUUUCUGUGAAGAUUUGUCAGCGGUUGCUUGUGGGGGAAUUUGGGGGAAGAGGUUCCCUGAGCUCGUUAAGUGCGUGCUUUAAUGUAAUGAGAUGAACAAAAAACUUUAGGUUAAAUUUCUUCGAAAAGUGAAGCAAUUCACGUUCAUCCUGUCAGCUUUAUUAAUUAAGUAUGGGGAGAAAAGGAGGCUUUAUUACUGCAGUAAAAAGAGUAGUCAGCUGCGGAUCAAAACAGAAAAGAGUAAAGAGAGAUCGAAGCUCGGACAAAUGGUUGGAGCAACUGAGGAGCACAGAUUUUGGUGUUGCAGAGAGUUCAAUAUCAGCUCCAGCAGCAGUUCAUUCUCCUGUGGAGGAGACAAAGCUGAAUGAAGCUGAGGAUGAGCAUAACAGGCAUGCUUAUUCCGUUGCUUUGGCGACUGCCGCAGCAGCUGAGGCGGUGGUUGCCGCCGCUCAAGCCGCUGCCGAGGUGGUCCGGCUCACAUCAACCGCUCGGUACAUGGGUCGAACAAAGGAAGAGUUAGCUGCAAUCAAGAUUCAGACAGCUUUCAGGGGACACUUGGCAAGGCGAGCGUUGAGGGCGUUGAAAGGACUCGUGAGACUAAAAUCUUUGAUAGGAUCACAAUCAGCAAAACGGCAAUCGACUAACACUUUAAAGUGUAUGCAAACAAUGGCGCGCGUGCAAUUCGAGGUUCGAACGAGGAGAAUUAAAAUGUCUGAAGAGAACCUGUCUCUUCAGCGACAGAUCCAGCUGAAACGUGACAAGGAGGUCGAGAAGCUGCAGGGAGUAUCUAUUGGAGAGAAUUGGGAUGAUAGCAUUCGAUCUAAGGAGCAGAUCGAAGCAAGUCGUCGGGGCAGAGAAGAAGCUGCUGUCCGUAGGGAACGGGCGUUGGCCUAUGCUUAUUCACAUCAGCAAACAUGGAGGAACCCGACAAACGGUAGUACCACAUCCAAUAAGCUGCAGACAUUCAUGGAUCCCAACAAUCCCCGCUGGGGCUGGAGCUGGUUAGAGCGCUGGAUGUCCGCCGCCGCCGCCGACCAGAAGCCGCAGUCUCCCCGCCGCCGCGGCCAGUCCCCAUCAACGCCCACCUCCACAAAAUCCAUCUCCAUCAGAGGCUCCUCCGCAGCCACCACAAACAUAAUCAACAGUGCCAAAGACAAAGACGACUCCUCCUCAAUAAAGAGCCUCCGGUCCUACCAUCGCCGCCGCACAGGCUCCGACGACGACGUCAGCCUCUCCAGCUGCCCCACCGGCAGCGGCAGCCGCCGCUACAUGGCGUCGACGGAGUCGACCCGGGCUAAGGCCCGCCCGCCCAGCCCGCUUGGAAGAUCGGGAGGAGACAGCAGCAGGAGCAGGAGCAGGGUGGGUAAUUCUUCGCCGGCCUCUGUCAAAAAGCGCCUGUCUUUCUCGGCGUCUCCCGACGGCCGCCCCAGGCGGCACUCUGGGCCUCCCAAGGUCGACGCCAUGGAAACAAUUAACAGGUAAUAUAUAUAUAUAUAUAUAUAUAUUUGGAAUUUCUGAGUUUUGCAAGUAUUAUGCUAUGGUUAUUGUUAUGGUGGUGGUGAGAUUAUACAUAUAUAUAUAUAUAUAUAUAUGGAUUGAUUGUGGUGUGUUUUUUUGUGUCUAAUUAAUUGGGAUUGGAUUGUGAAUAGUGGAAUUAAUUAAGGGGUAAUUGGUGUUUUGGUGCAGUUUUUGGUUGUGGAUUGUGGUUUUGACUGUGAGGUUGCAUGUAAUAAACGUUGUGCUGUCUAAUUACAUUACAAUAUAUAUCAAUUACGCAAGGCAUUGCCAACUAUUAAAGUGC